AGAAUGAGCGAAGCAAUUUAGCAGAAUAAUGGAGAGGUAACAUUUGUAUGAUUGAGAUUUGAGAAGCGAACACAAGAAAAGACAAAAAGCAACGUCAGAGCAAGUUUCCAUCCCUUUGGCUAUGGUUUUGAUGGGGUAUGGAAGUAAACAAACGAUACCUUCUCAUCCACAGCUCCUCUUUAUCUUUCUCUCUCUUGAAAUUAUGUUUCCUUUUAUCUAUAAAGAAUCUUAUAAUUUUGCUUGGUUUCAUUUGUUCUCUUGUGUAUGGCCUUUAUUGAAUCUUGCUAGCCUAGCUUGCAGCUUUCGCUCGGACCUUUGGUUUUCUUGAAGAAGAUAGCUUGGGAGACUGUAAGCUUAGCGGACUAUUAUUACUUUUUGCUUUCCUCUUUCUUUCAUCUAUUCUUCUUUUAGCCUUUGUCAACUUCUCAUUUUUCUCUAGGGUUUCAGACAAAGCAGCAAAAGAUACAUAAAGCACAAACUACACACAACAGCUCUCAUCAUCUCUUAGACUACCCUCUUUUGGUCUUUUUUCAACAAGUUAAUAGGGUAAGAAAUCAUCUUUUAAGUUUAUGGGGAAGUAGUAAAGUUUAGUGGUAGCUAGAGAGGUAGAAUGAUAAAGGGUAUGCUAGGAGACGAUAGUAUGUCUAAUUUAACAUCAGCAUCUAAUGAUGCAAGUAUAUCUUCAAGCAAUUAUAGAACUGAAAUUGGUAGCGUUCGCUACCCACAACAGUCUCUUGUUGCACCAGCACAGAUUCAAACACAGCCAGCCGCUGCUAACAAGAAGAAGAGAAACCUACCAGGCAAUCCAGAUCCAGAAGCAGAAGUUGUAGCAUUGUCCCCAAGAAGUCUUUUGGCAACAAAUAGAUUUGUAUGUGAGAUCUGUAACAAAGGAUUUCAAAGAGAUCAGAAUCUGCAACUACACAGAAGAGGGCAUAAUUUGCCAUGGAAGCUAAAGCAAAGAACAAAUAAAGAGGUGAAGAAGAAAGUAUAUGUUUGUCCAGAGCCUUCAUGUGUACACCAUCAUCCUUCAAGGGCACUAGGGGAUCUCACUGGGAUUAAGAAGCACUUUUGUAGAAAACAUGGUGAGAAAAAAUGGAAGUGUGAGAAAUGCUCAAAGCGUUAUGCAGUUCAAUCUGAUUGGAAAGCUCAUUCCAAGAUUUGUGGUACCAGAGAGUAUAGAUGUGAUUGUGGAACCCUUUUCUCUAGGAGGGAUAGCUUCAUUACCCACAGAGCCUUCUGUGAUGCUUUAGCAGAAGAAAGUUCAAGAACAAUAAUCCCACCACCAAAUCCUUUAUUAGGAUCAGCUUCUUCAACUUCCCAUCACCUUAAUCUCCAUGCACUCCAAAACUUCCAACUGAAACAAGAACAACAACAACAAAGUAACUUCAACCUUGUUUCACACCCUUCAAACGAUCUUUCUUUUCAGUUAUUCGUUCAAAACCCUAAUAACAGUAGUAGUAACAUAUUUGGUGGAGUAGCGUCAGCUCACAUGAGUGCAACUACAUUGCUACAAAAAGCAGCACAAAUUGGAGUAACUUCUUCUGCUGCUGCUAAUAACAUGAGUACAACAAGUUUUUUCAGUCCUACUACUACUAGUAGUACUACAACAACUGGCAUGGUAGCGGCAGCAGCAGAAGGGGGAGGUGUUGAUUUAGCAUCACAUGAAUAUCAUCAAUUUGAAACUAAUAUUAGUAAUACUGGUUUUGUUACUGGUCAAGGAUUGGCAUCUUAUGGGAACAAUAAUAACAACAAAGCGUCUGGCAGUACUUUUCAUUUUGGUGCUAGUGUCACCCCUGGGUUCAUGGAACAAGUCCAUGACAUCCAAAACAUGAUGGCUACUAAUUUUGAUGAGGGAUUUGGUGGUGGCACCCAUUUGAUGAGAGGUGGUAAAGAAAAUAAUGAAGGGUUGACAAGAGAUUUCUUGGGUCUCAGAACAUUUCCACAUCAUAGGGACUUUCUCAAUACUACAACAGCUGCUGCUCUUCAUCAUCAGAUGAGGUCUUCUUCUGCUACUGCUGCUUCAUUUGAUCAAAAUCACCAGAAUCAAAAUGAAUCACAGUGGCAGAAUUAGCUACUCUGUUUUUGAAUUUUAAUUAAGACAGCAAUACUUAGUACUCCUAUUUUGUUGCUUGUUUGUAUAUCUUUCGAUACAGUCCUUUUGGGAAGGGAGCUAAGCACCCCUUCUUAACUUAGCUUUAUCUAUAUAUGCUCAUCCUUUCUGUCUCA